AUGGGGAAGUCAAAGAUUGCACCAGCAGGACCUGCUACAAGAGUGACCCAGGUGACCUGGCAACAAGUGAAUACCACCCAAGGAUAUAGGGAUAAGAUGGUAAAAGUAGCACCCAGAAAGUGGGUGCCAGGCCAUGCAACUCAGCUGCCUGUGCAGCCUGGCUCUGUUAUCCUGAAUCACCUGGACUGCCUGUUGGAUGAUGUGGGUGAACAACUGCCUUCCAAUAAUGAUGUAUUGCCUGCAACACCUUUUAAGCCUUGGAAAAGUCAGAAUAGUUAUCUGCAGCAGUGGUUGCCACACCAAUGGCAUUAUCUAGCCAUCCUGUUGGACAUGGAGGCCCCACCUGAGCCAAGGGAUUGUGUCCUGUGUGGAGCAGAUGGAAUCUUCCAGUGCAUUGAGUGUGCCCAUCAGCCAGUCUUCUGCACCAUGUGUUGCCAGGCAGAACACAAGCACUGGCCAUUCCACAGGGUGGAACAAUGGAAUGGCACAUUCUUUGAGGAAUCAUCCCUGCAGCUGGCCAGUUUGGUACUGCAUGUUGGGCAUGGUGGGAAGCACUGCCCAGCCAGUGGUUGUUCAAAUGAUGAAGUCACAGCUGAGGAGGAAGAUGAUUGGGAGGAUGUGGAUCAAGAUGGUUGUCCACCAAAUCUGCAGGCCCUGAAGAACCAAAGCUGUCUAAUUGUUGUGCACACCAAUGGAAUACACUACUGCAAUGUGCAGUAUUGUAGAUGCCCUGGGGCAGAGGAUUCACACAUACAGCUGAUGUGGGCUGGGAUGUUUCCUGCUACCACAAAGGCUACAAGGACUGCAUUUACCUUCCAAGAUAGGUACAGGGAACUGAGAGUUGCUAGGAUGUGGUGGCUCCUGAAACUACUGAAAUGGCAGGGAUCCCACACAAGUGCAGAAGAUGCCAGCCCUGGGGAAUUAGUUUGGACACUGGCAAGAAGCUUGGUCAUGGAUGGGAAUUUCAAGGCAGAGCAUAUGCAUCCAAAGGAUGCUGGCAGCAAAGCCUGGUUGAUGGAUGGAAAGGGGUACAUGGUCACAUCACAGCCAUACAAGGAAUAUUUGAGCAGCACUAAAAAUGUGGUUGAGAUCUCAGAUUGCAGCAAUCAUCAGGCAGUUAAUCAAGCAAAUGCCAACCAGCAGUGGCUCACAUCUACAGGAAUAGGGGAUGUGCCUGUGCAUGGCAUGGCUGUUUUGUGCUGCAUGCAAUGGUCAACUUCCAGAAGGGUGAACAGUAUGAAUAACCUUGUAACAAUGCAGGUUAACAUGGACUAUGUGCUUGUGCAUGCCAUCAGGCAUGGCACAGUCCCUGGCCAGCAAGUGAUACAUUUCUAUGAUAUUAACUGCCAGUAUAGCAAAGAUGGCAUGUGGAUCUGCCCUGGCAUUGGGUUGUGGCAUGUUCAUGGCCACCACACAGAAUGCUUUGCACAAUAUGCUCCCAAUUUCAUUGUCGGUGCUGGCCAGGUGGAUGGGGAGAUCAUGGAAACCUUGUGGUCCUCCCUGAAUAUCAUUUCCCCAUCUGUUAGAGGCAUGGCUACUCCCCAUCAGCAGGAGGCUACAGCAAUGAGACUCAAGCAGAAACUCAAGGUUGCUGAGGAAUCUUAUUUAGUGGUUGAAGGCAGAUUUGCUGAUUUGAAUGGUAAUGUCCCACUGGCAAUCAGCCAAUCAUGGGGGGAAGAAGCAGCAGCAGCAUUGGAAAACCAGCUGUCAAGGCCACAGGCCAUGGAUAUAUAUGAGGUCAGGCUGCAGAAAGGAUUUGCACUGAGUGGUAUUGAAGCUCCCUCUGAAAAGGAAAUCGAGAUAGAUUUACUGGCCAUCCCCCAGCCAGGGCAUUCGCAAGGUAUGGUGACCUGGAUUGCGAAGGCAUUGAAGAUAGAGGAAGCACAAAUCCAGCUUACAGUGGCAUGCCAGCACAUCACCUCAAGAGCAACAGAAGCUCAAAAUCUCCACCAUUGCAUAUUUGAGGAUGCCAAGCUGUGCUGGUCAUCUAACCCACAUGAUCCAGAAACCAUUGCAUUGCUGCUGCCAUCCAAUGUUGGCAAAGAUCAUUUUGAACAAUCUGGCCUGGGGUAUGUGACAAUAAUGGAGCUGCAACUGUGGCAAGGACAGGCCAAUGAUUGUCUUCAUGAAUUGUGGCUUGUGCUUGCAGAGAAGGCAGUCAUCUUUCAAACUGACAUUCACCAUGGAAGUAAUUACCACAUGGCCACACAUGCCUGGGGAAGGGUGGCCAACACUGAAGCAGCAGUGCAAUGUCAUGCUGCUGUGUACUUCCAGUGCCACAUUCAAAUGGGCAGGUUAGGGGCCAGGCCGGUUACAGGGGCGUUGCCUAUGGAAAACAAGGUGCAAACACUUGUACAUCCAAAAGUGGACAGGGUGAGUCAGAUGUCAACAGGGGUCAAGCUUUGGGGGUCUGUGGGGUGACAGGAGCAUAGGGGAUCACAACUUUCCCCCCCAAACCAUCCUCUCAGUGAAGCAAAUAAAAACUUCAUGAACGAGGCUCUGUUGGAAGAGAGGAUGAAGGGGGAGCGUCUUCUGCUGUAUCUUGCAACAAGGAGGCAAGAUGUGCAUCAUACUUGUCAUGGACGCAAUCAGGG